AUGGGCCUUCUUUCCAUUCCAAGGCUCGGCCUUCUUGCAACUAUUUUCGAGAAGGGUUUUCACCUGCGGCCACUUGGCCUCUGGGACAUUGCUGCAAUCCACUCUGAUAAAGUCGCGCCCUUUGUCAUCGUCGUUUUCGUUGAAAACAGUCUGGCAGGUGUCGUAUUUUUCCGCGAGGUCUGUCGCCAUGUUCGUGCCAUCGGAGUAGUGGACUGGCUCGCAAACGAACUGAACGUGACCUCCUGGGGUAGCCUUGCGAUCAGCCGGCUCAUCGCCACGGGACCAUCGCACCAAUCGAUAGCGUUUUUGCAAAUGCUUUUCGCUUUGGGUGUGUUAUUGCACUCGUUCUCCCAGCUCGAACAUUUCCUCGCGGCGCAAGUCUUCCGUUCGCUGUCCGUACAGCUUCUCUCACAGUACGAGCCGGGCGAGUAA